AUGCGGGACAUAGUAUCUAGAUUUUUAGGAGGCGGCGGGCUGGAACACCCCUUCGCUGACAUCAAUGACUUUGUUGGCUCGGCAUCUCCGAAUGCCGAAGACGUGCCGACCUCGGAUGCUGAAGAUGAGGGCGACAUGGAGGAGGGCACUGAAGCUCCACACCCUGGCGGUACAGACACCAACGACGAAGUGCAGUCGGAGGAUGAGUCCGACUACGAGAGCGACUUCGACGAUGGUGAUUCUUCCGAUACCGAUGAUGACGCGAGCGCCGUCGACGUGAACGAGUUCAACACGGCCUUGGAGUUCUUCCGCUUUGUCAUCGGGUGCAAUGGCGGCCAAGGCCUCAGUGACGAGUCCACUGCCUGGCUUUUCAAGCUACUGCGCGACCCACGUCUGGAUCUGGAGGCUAUUCGACCUUGGCUUACCAAAUACGCCAUGCUUCACAUUCCACCCUUGCCUCUGUCCGCCCUGCAGCAUUCCGCCCUUUUCCCCUCAGUCCGCCCUUUCAUCUUUCCGCAUUUCCCUAUGUCCGCCCUCUGUGCGCACUUGAAUAUACCCGACCUUGCCUCAUUCCGCCCUUUGCCUAUCUCCGCCUUGCAGCAUUCCGCCCCUGCCACUGUCCGCAUUACAGCAUUCCGCCCUACUCCCCUCAUUCCGCCCUUGCCUUUUCCGCCCUUGCCUCUGUCCGCCCUGCAGCAUUCCGCCCUUUUCCCCUCAGUCCGCCCUUUCAUCGUUCCGCAUUUCCCUCUGUCCGCCCUUUUCAUCGUUCCGCAUUUCCCUCUGUCCGCCCUUUUCAUCGUUCCGCAUUUCCCUCUGUCCGCCCUCUCAUCUUUCCGCCUUGCCUCAUUACGCCCUUUGCCUCUCUCCGCCUUGCAGCCUUCCGCCCUUGCAUCUGUCCGCCUUGCUGCAUUGAGCUUUUUGCCUCUGUCCGCUCUUCAUCACGGCUUUCAGAUGUUUGCCCUUCCGGUUCACUCGGUGGCGGGACGCGUGUAUACAAGGCCAGAGUCUGGUGUUUUGUGGGAAGCCGCACAGGACGCCCUGGACGCUAUUUAUGGGCCGGGCCAGGUGGUGGCACCCAUCAUCAUUUCAAGCGACGCAACGAUUCUCAGCGGGAAUGAGCGUGUGAAGGUCUGGGCGGUCUACCUUAGCAUCGCCAACAUCCACCUCCGUCUCCGAUGGGGGGAUUCCGGGAAGAUUCUGCUAGCACUACUCCCGAUGCCUAUACAUGGGAUGACGGCCGAGCAGAAGGUGCAGCUCUUCCAAGCUGCGAUGCAGGUGGUCCUCGCUGACCUGAUUCUCGCAUCACACACGGGGAUAGCGGCCCGGGAUCCAUGGGGGGUCGACAGGGUCAUCUGGCCCAUACUCUUCUCCUACGUGGCGGACUUCCCUGAAACCUGCAAGGUUUCGUGCACACAGCAGCAUGGCAGUCAGAUGCCGUGCUCUUUGUGCUAUGUGGAUCGAGGGCAGCUCAGGAACAUGACGGCGGGGGCUUCGGAAUCGCGCUCGGUGGAGCAGCAGUCAUCACUGAUUGCCAACCCUGCGCUCGCGAGGCAGUACUCCACACUCUGUGUCGCGUCGUUCCUAUGGGAGUGGAACUUCUCCCGUACGCUCUGGGGGAACACCUACCUGUCGCAGAUGCCGGAUAUUCUGCACAUCAUCUACCUUGGGUUCUGGCUGUACCUUCGCGCCGCACUGCGUGGACCCGAUGGACGCGCCGCCACCUUAGACGCGCGUCAGAAUCCACUACACCCUGGUGCAAGGCUGGCGGGUCUGCUAACUCCUGGUGAUGCAGCGUACUGGGUCUCCGGUGCCAACUUCACGGCGUCGGAGCACGCCGGCGUCAUGAUGAUUGUACCUUUCGUGCUGGAGGGCGAAGUAGCGGUGAUCAACAGCCGCACGAUUGUCGCCUUCCUGGACUGGCACGAGACAUUCGUGAGGGCAGCGGUGCACACGGAUGAGAGCCUGAGCGCCUUCGACACUGCCACCCGCAGGAUGGUGCAGUUGGUGGAGAGCACCUUCCCUCGCGAACACGCCGGAUGGAACCUUGUGAAGGUGCACCUGCUGCUUCACCUUACGGAGGCGAUUCGAAGGGGUGGCCUGCCUCGAGAGUACUCUGCAGCGGUGUACGAGAACGCACACAUCCGUACCUGCAAGAGGCCGUACCGCAGGUCCAACCACCGGGACCUGAUGCGGGCGAUUGCGCAGCACAACACCAACACGGCUCUUCUGACCCGCCUCCCAACCAACCUCGAGGGAGAUCGCCAGUACAACACGGCGAUGCGCCGGGCGAUCGCCGCUGGUCUGCCCCAGCUGUGCCGCCAGCGAUCCCGGAUGCACAGUGCGAUCUGUGACAGGGAGCAGGCUCCCCUGGACCUGUACGCGACGUACGAUGCCGCGAUCCCCGGAGGCAUUGGGCCCUACGCCUACCUGACGCGCCUCUACGGCUACGUCUCUUUUCCAGCAUGGGUCCACACGGCGCUGGCUCUGCCAGCCCGCGAGACGGACUACGGCCUGAUCAGGCCGCACUAUGUCCGCGCCAGCCCCUCGCACCAUGGCGCUCCCGCCUUCUCGUUCAUCGAGUAUGAGACCGGGAGCGGGGAGACUGUGCACGGCCGCGUGCACCUUCUCCUGACGCUGAUGAUGAACAGCGAGGAUGCACACCCCGCGGGAGAGGCCGUGGCGUUUGUGAGGCAGUGGUACCCCUCACAGGUGGACGAAGGCACUGGCUGCAUGAGGAUGCGGCCCUCCGACGACGAUCUGAGCUACGAUCUCGUGCCGGUCAUAGCCGUCCAGAGGACCGUGCACAUGGUGGAGUCGUUUGUGACUCCUGGUCUCUGGUAUCUGAACAGGUGGGCGGGUCGCUGCCGCGAGGAGUUGACAUAA